CACUUACGACGUCACCUCUAGAGUCAAAACUCCUACUGUUUUUAGCUAAGCAGUGCCGGAAAAAGAGAAAUAACCAGAAAACUCAUGUUUUUUCACAGAUGCUAAGGGCAGGGACAGAAUAACAGAGACAAAAGGAUAUUAAGACAGCGUACAGAAAGUUCACUGCGUCCCUCUCAUGUUAGUGACUUUUUGGAUCUGCAGUGUCCGGGCCUAACUUUUUUUGGAAUUGGUUUAUGUAUAGUGCCUACUGUAGGUGGCAAUGCGUGAGGAGUAAAGCCCACCCUUUGGGAGCUGUCAAAGCUGGAGCACUACUGGCCAACCUUCCGCACCUCUGAAUAAGGCUCUGCUUUGCCCAUCCAAUUUAUGCAUGCCUUGGGGAAUUAAUCUGCUGAGAAAGUUUUUUUUUCACUGAGCUCACCGUUUUGACAAGCUUAGUGGAAAAUCAUUUGAAGCCCACGAGGAUGCCAUAAAAAGGACUGAUCCAGUUCUUCGUGCUGUGUUCAUCAGCAACAGUAGAAAACUGCUCCCUCUCUCUUCCCUGAAAAUAGUAUAUAUCUAUGCAAACUAUGGAAACUAAAGGACUUGGAAAUCAUCCUGAAGGCCUAAAUAUGGCAAGAAGAUGGGGAAACGUUCCUCAUGCAACAGAGUACUUCCUCCUUGGAUCUCGGGAGCAUGCUGACAGUCUAAUAGGAGUUCUUAAUGUAGGCUGUGGUACUAGUGUUAUUUCACAUUGUGAAAUGCGGGAAGUCCAAGAAGGAAAAGUAGAACAACUUCCAUUUGUCCAGCAAGAUGUGUUACAGCCUGCUGUUACAUUUUGUAAUGCAAAAAAUGAAUUGGAAUCAAAAGAGCUAUCUAAAACAGUAGCUGAGUCUAUGGGACUCUACAUGGAUUCGGUAAGGGAUGUUGAUUAUAACUACGAACCCCCUCAUCAGCAGACUCUUGUGACUUCUGAAAAGAUUUACAGAGAUGGAUCACAGCAGGUGGACUUGUAUGAGAGAAAGAUCAGCCAGUGUUCUACUUCCUUGAGCAAUGCCAGCAGUACGUUGAGGUCUCUUAUUUCUUCUCGCUCGUCUGAAGCAAUUGCUGCAAGCAAGGGCUGCUCACCAAGAAGUCCUGUUGAAACACCUGCUUCUGUUCAGAGUCCCCAUGUUAUUCCUCCAUUGUCCAGCCCUCUUGGCGAUACACUGGUAUCCUCUUCCCCUCACUCUGGUAGUUUCGGUAACACCGAUCCAUGUCACAGCCCCAGUAAUCCUUGUUCUUCUGUUUCCAGCUCCAUUGAUGCUGAUACUCGAGGUUACAUGUCGCAUAGUCCCAAGCAUGACAGUAGCAUAACUUCUACACUUUCUAGUCCUGGUAUUUGCAGGCAGUCCCCUAUUUCAAGUCCUCUUAGUCAUUGCACUAUGAAGUCCCCAGUUUUGAGCCCCGCUAGUAUUACAGCAGUGACCUCUGUAGCAAGCCCUGGGAGUGUCAACAGUAGGAGGUCAUCAGUCUCCAGCCCACCUCACACUGGUAGUAUGAGGUCUGAUAUCUGUAGUCCUGCUGCUAUCAACACUGUCUCUUCUGUCUGUAACCCCUCAGCCAGCAAUAUCCAGGACAAUACCCCUGCUAGCACAGCGGCUACAGGACUUGCUGUGCCAGGUGAUUUCCAUAGUCUAGAAACAAAGGAGGGUAUUCAAGAAAUAAAUAUGUCUACACUGGAGAAAACAGAAAGUGAUACGUCAAAUAGUGGAGCAGUGGAUUGCAAAAACUUUGUUAAGUUUGUCAAAACUGAGCCUUUGACUACCAUGCCUCACACAGAUGAGAGCAGUAACACACCCAGUUCAACCUUUGCCAUACCAAUAAAACAGGAACAUAGCAAAGAUUCUUGUCUGAAUUCUGUUUUUGGUGGUCUAGAUACAUCUGAUCCUUUUCCAUUCACGGAAAAGUCAUUUUUAACUUUUAGGAAUAGCAAAGACUACUAUUCCCUGUCUGGAAUAUUAGGACCACCCCCUACAUCGUUUGAAUGCAGUGCAGAAAGUGAUUUUUUAUUCUGUCCAAAUCUAACCAUGGGAAUUAAGCAGGAAUAUGACAGCGAUCCUUUCUGCCAUGACAGUAACAUGCCUAUGUCAGCAAUUGUAGGAGUUAAUUCAGGGGGACAGUCCUUUCACUACAGGAUAGGAGCACAAGGCACAAUCUCUUUGUCACGACCUGUUGCUACGGAUCCACCAGCCACACUAGGGAAUACCUAUUCUUCUGGUAAUGCAGUAGUAGGAACAUGGAAAUCCCAUGGAAGUUUGUCACAAAGCUACAUGUCGUCAAAGAAUGACGGAUACCCUCUUACAGGAUGCAUUCCAGAGAACCUGUCAAGCUCUGCACUGAGGAAUACCUCAUCAGGGUCUUCAAGACCUUCCAAAGUGUGUCUAGUGUGUGGUGACGAAGCAUCAGGUUGUCACUAUGGUGUGGUUACAUGUGGCAGCUGCAAAGUUUUCUUCAAGAGAGCUGUUGAAGGACAGCACAACUACCUGUGUGCAGGAAGGAAUGACUGCAUUAUUGACAAAAUUCGGCGGAAAAACUGCCCUGCGUGUCGUUUACGGAAAUGUCUUCAGGCUGGAAUGAAUUUGGGAGCACGCAAAUCCAAGAAACUGGGGAAGUUAAAAAGUAUACAAGAGGAGCAGCGGCCACGAAGUCCCGAAGAAGGUACAAUUUACAUGGAUUCAUUGAAAGAAUCCGCUUCAGCAUCGACUCUCCUUCGUUUGCCUAGUAUUCCAGCACACCUUAGCCCGUCCGUGGGGGCAGUGUUAGAAAGUGUUGAACCAGAUGUGGUGUAUGCAGGAUUUGACAGCUCUCAACCAGACACUACAGAGCAUUUGCUCUCCAGCUUAAACCGACUUGGUGGAAAGCAGAUGAUUCGGACGGUAAAAUGGGCAAAAGUUCUUCCAGGGUUUAGAACGUUGCCUCUUGAGGACCAAAUUACCUUAAUCCAGUACUCCUGGAUGUCCAUUUCCUCGUUCGCAUUAUGCUGGAGGUCCUAUAAGCAUGCCAGUGGCCAGAUGUUAUACUUUGCACCAGACCUGGUAUUUAAUGAAGAGAGGAUGCAGAGGUCAGCAAUGUAUGAUUUGUGUCAGGGGAUCCGACGAAUCAGCUUGGAAUUUGUACGCUUGCAAAUUAUGUAUCAAGAAUACCUGACAAUGAAGGUACUGGUUCUUCUGAGCACAGUCCCAACAGAUGGUCUGAAAGAUCAAAGUGGAUUUGAAGAGAUGAGAGCAAGCUACAUUAAAGAGUUAAGAAGGAUUGUAGCAAAGAACACCGGUAACUCUGGGCAAAGCUGGCAACGGUUUUAUCAAAUCACUAAACUACUUGACUCCAUGCAUGACCUUGUAGAAGGCCUGCUGGAGUUCUGUUUCUGCACAUUUCGUCAGUCUCUGGCAUUGAGAGUUGAAUUUCCUGCAAUGCUAGUGGAAAUAAUUAAUGAUCAGUUACCAAAAGUGGAAGCUGGACAGACAAAGUCAUUGUACUUUCACAGGAAGUAGUGGAACAAAUAACAGUGUCUUACAGGAGGAGAACUAUGCCUUAAGGUUGCUUAAUGAAUUCCAUGUAGCUGAAGGACCUGAAAAUAUAUUUCUGUCUUGCAGUUUCCUUGAAGUGACCACAUAAAAGAUGAUUUGCACGUAACAGGACUGAAGAUCUGGAAAGAAAAACACCACCUCAAUGACUCAGAAACACACAAAAAUGCUGUUAUUGUGGAUGAAAAGCCAUAUUUAGUUAACAUUUGUAAGAACUCAACAGUUAAACAGAGACUGACAUUUAAAAUAUGCCAUGGAAUUUCUAAGCAUCAUUUUACACCAAGAAAAGGAUUAAAGAGCUAAUAACAUUUUUUCUUCUUAAGACUAAGAAUGGCAUAUUAAUAUAUAUAGUCAUUAUGGGGCAUUAUAUUUUUCUUGUAAAAAGAUUGUACAGCAGUAGCAAAGGAAAAUUUUUUGUUGUUGUUUAAUCACAUUAUCAAAUCUUGGGCAUUUUUUCUUCUACGUUAUUUAGUGUAGCUGCAGUGCUGUGUAUUAAAGCUCAGUUAUUGUGUAGAAUUUGUCAUAAAAUGUCCAGACAGGCCUCAGUUUUUAUUGCAUUUCUUGUGCUGGCUUGAGAAAUAAUAUUUGCAGUCCUUGUCUUUUCUGUAUAUUGAUGUAUGUAUAAAUUGUGAAGGACCUGAAAUAAGCUGUUUGGAACUGUUGUAAAUGAGACAGAACAAUAAUAAUCUUUAAUGGUUAAUACGAAGAAUGGGAAUGUAUUUUUGAAAGAAUUCUAUUUUGCAGGAAAAUAUUUAAGUACUUUAUCUAAAAGAGAUUAAGUUUUUUUUGUAUAGUGAAAUGUUUAUGCAUGCAUAAUUUACCAGCGUUUACAGUGUAUUUAAGAAAGAAAGCCGUGCCUUUUUUAACCUCCUAUCUCAUGUACUAUUUUACAGGUUUUGGUACCUGUUGUAAAUAAUGACACAUUAAGUUACA